AUGGACUGUUCGCCAACUCGUCUGGUGCUCCCUGAUGGUCGCCCGCUCGACCUGCACCUCACGUAUGCCAUCACGGUCGACGAGGCCCUUCGCCGCGCGCUGCCCUUUUCCAUCUCCUCCUCGCUCGCUUGCUCCGCCCUCCACCCCUCCUGCCACAUCUCCUUGCGCUCCGCCGACCGCGGCCUGCUGCGCGGCAGAUGGCGCGACCUUCCGCUAUCGCGGCACCUGCAGCUGGGGCGCACGUACCUGGUGGUGGUGGAGCGCGGGCCGCGCGGGGGCAGGCACAGCUUGCGGUACGACGGGCGCAGCAUGGCGGAGCUGGUGGCGGCUGCGACGGCCGUGGAGCAUGCUGCAGGGGCCGAAUUGGAGACGCCGGACGAGGGCGGCUUGCCGCCCUUCUCGGACCAGCUUCAUGCAGCAUUGCUAGCCGCCGCGCGUGACGCGGUCAUGUCAGGAAGCUCCGCCUGCCGCCACCAGCCUCCGCAUCCGCUAUGUCAACCGCCAUCCGCACAUCAUCUCUCCCCUCGCUGCCACCUUCUCCCGUACCUCUCCCCUGGCGCGCCCCUGGAUGUCGAGGGCCUUCUCGACUCCGGACAGCCCUCCCCGCCCGACGGACGUGCUCGGCGCGCAGCGGAGCUGACCAAUGAGAUGGCGGCACGCCUAGUAGCUGCGGCGCGGAGAAUGUUGGAAGCGGGGCAAUGGGACGCACCUCGCGUCGGAAGUAGCGCCACAGGCGCGGACGCGCGAGCGCAUGGCGCAGCGCUUGGAGGGGCAAGAGCAGAGAGUGAACAAGACGACGGCAGGGGCGAAAGAAAGGGGCCAACGGUGGAAGAGCUGAUGAUGUGGAUGGAACGCGGGGAGUCGCAAGCAAUAGUACGAGGCGACGGCGAGAGCGACGAGGAGCAAGGCAACGAGGAGCGAGGCGAUGAGGAGGUUGAUGGUGACGUGGAGGCGGAGGCUGCAUGGCGGAGGAACAUCGCGGAUUCGGGCACUCGCUGUGGUGUGCACGCGGACGGUGCGGCGCCACGAGCGGCAUACGUCAAGCGAGGAGGCCUGCUGGGAGCGGUAGCGACAGACGGCAGCGUGGCAGAGGAGGAAGCAUCGUCCGGUGAUGCGCCAGGAGGGGAGGUUGACGGGCGCGACGGCGCGCGUGUGCAGCACGGCGAGGCCGCCAAAGGGAUGGUUUGGGGGCAAGUGCGCGCACUGGCCGGAGGAGGAGGCAAUUGGGAAGGGGCGGGCAUCAAGAGGAGCUGCGGGGACGAGGGGGGGAAGGUGAUCGUAGCAGAGGAUGCACGCGAUGAGGCGGGCGGCAUGGCGGAGGAUACGCGGGACGGUGCGGAGGAGUGGGACAGCGACGCGGAUGCUUUCUCGCUCAGCCUUGGCCCCGACGGAGACGUACAGACGGCGACGCUCCGUACGGCGCGCGAAAAUGCGGAAGCGAGCGGGGAAGAGAUGAUGGCGCGCGGGCAGGCCCUGGUGAGUGCCUGCCCGAGUCGGCUGGACGGUGGGAAGGAACGGGAUGAGAGGAGUGGGUUGGAGGAAAUGGUGAAGAGCGGGAAAGAGAUUGGUGGGGACUUGGGGAGUGGGGCAGCGGACGACGAGACACGGGAGGAUGGGGAGGUGAGAGGAUGCGGAAUGAAUGCUGUGAUUGAGGGCGCGGGAAGCUCGAAUGGAGGAGAUGAUACGGAUGGCGCAAACGGUGCGAACAGUGCGGAUUGGAAUGACCCGGAGACACUCGGUGUGCUUGUAGUGGUGGUGGAGGGCAGUGGUGACGUGGAGGGCAGUGGUGACGUGGAGGGCAGUGGUGACGUGGAGGGCAGUGGUGACGUGGAGGGCAGUGGUGACGUGGAGGGCAAUGGUGAAGAGCAGGGCAGUGGUGACGUGGAGGGCAGUGGUGACGUGGAGGGCAGUGGGGACAUGGAGGGCAGUAAGGACGUGGAGGGCAAUGGUGACGUGGAGGGCCGUGGUGACGUGGAGGGCAGUGGGGAAGUGGAGGGCAGUGGGGAAGUGGAGGGUAGUGGUGACGUGGAGGGCAGUGGGGACAUGGAGGGCAGUGGGGACGUGGAGGGCAGUGGGGACGUGGAGGGCAGUGGGGACAUGGAGGGCAGCGGGGACAUGGAGGGCAGUGGUGACGUGGAGGGCAACGGUGACGUGGAGGGCAGUGGUGACGUGGAGGGCAGUGGUGACGUGGAGUGCAGUGGUGACGUGGAGGGCAGUGGUGACGUGGAGGGCAGUGGUGGCGUGGAGGGCAGUGGUGGCGUGGAGGGCAGUGUUGAUGUGGAGGUUAGUGGUGACGUGGAGGUUAGUGGUGACGUGGAGGGCAGUGGUGAGGUGGAGGGCAAUGGUGAGGUGGAGGGCAGUGGUGAGGUGGAGGGCAGUGUGGACGUGGAGGGCAAUAGUGAAGUGCAGGGCAGUGGUGACGUGGAGGGCGAUGGUGACGUGGAGGGCAGUGGUGACGUGGAGGGCAGUGGUGACGUGGAGGGCAGUGGUGACGUGGAGGGCAGUGGUGACGUGGAGGGCAGUGGUGACGUGGAGGGCAGUGUUGAUGUGGAGGUUAGUGGUGACGUGGAGGCUAGUGGUGACGUGGAGGUUAGUGGUGACGUGGAGGUUAGUGGUGACGUGGAGGGCAGUGGUGAGGUGGAGGGCAAUGGUGAGGUGGAGGGCAGUGGUGAGGUGGAGGGCAGUGUGGACGUGGAGGGCAAUGGUGAAGUGCAGGGCAGUGGUGACGUGGAGGGCAAUGGUGAAGUGCAGGGCAGUGGUGACGUGGAGGGCAGUGGUGACGUGGAGGGCAGUGGUGAUGUGGAGGGCAGUGGUGAUGUGGAGGGCAGUGGUGAUGUGGAGGGCAGUGGUGACGUGGAGGUUAGUGGUGACGUGGAGGGCAGUGGUGACGUGGAGGGCAUUGAUGACGUGGAGGUUAGUGGUGACGUGGAGGGCAGUGGUGACAUGGAGGGGAAUGAUGACGUGGAGGGCAGUGAUGUGGAGGGGAGUGGUGACGUGGAAGUGAGCAGCGACGCGGAAGUGAGUGGUGACGUGGAAGUAAGUGGUGACGUGGAGGAAGGUGGUGACGUGGAGGGGAGUGGUCACGUGGAGAAGAGCGAUCACGUUGAGGUGAGUGGUGACGUGGAGGAAGGUGGCGACGCGGAGGAAGGAGACGACGUGGAGAAGAGUGAUGACGUGGAGGGGAGUGAUGACUUGGAGGAAGGUGGUAAAGGUAGUGACGUGGAGAAGAGUGAUGGUGUUGAGGAGAUUGGCGACGUGGAGAGGAGUGGUGACGUCGAGGAAGGUGGUGACUUGGAGGAGAGUGGUGACGUGGAGGGGGGUGGCGACAUGGAGGAGACUGAUGACGUGGAGGAGGCUGAUGACGUGGAGGAGGCUGAUGACGUGGAGGAGAGUGAUGACGUGGAGGAGAGUGAUGACGUGGAGGAGAGUGAUGACGUGGAGGAAAGUGGUGACGUGGAGGAAAGUGGUGACGUGGAGGAAAGUGGUGACGUGGAGGAAAGUGGUGACGUGGAGGAAAAUGGUGACGUGGAGGAAAAUGGUGACGUGGAGGAAAGCGGUGACGUGGGGGAAAGUGGUGACGAGGAGGAAAGUGGUGACGAGGAGGAAAGUGGUGACGUGGAGGAAAGUGGUGACGUGGAGGAAAGUGGUGACGUGGAAGGGAGUGGUGACGUGGAGGGAAGUGGUGAUGGGGAGGAAGGUGGUGACGUGGAGGAGAGUGAUGACGUGGUGGACGGCGGUGACGUGGAGGGGAGUGGUGCUGUGGAGGAGGGUGGUGAUGUGUAUGGGAGUGAUGACGUGGAGGAAAGUGAUGAGGAGGGCGAUGCUGUGGCAGGGGACGUAUGCGCUGAAGGAGAAGCGGAGGAAGAGGGGAGCGAGGAGGGGGAGAGGAGGGAUGAACACGCGGCGGCGCAUGGUGAGGGAGAGGGCUGGCAGUGCGUCGCGAGGCAGCCGGACGUUAACCCGGGCGGUGGUGGCAGCAUGGCACCAGCACGUGCGUCAUCAUGCCCUCCAUGCGCCCUUGGACUGGAAUCGCGCGCGGAGAGGCGUCAGAUGGGUGGCAAGGGGAGCGAUGAGCAGGCAGGCGAGCUGCAACAGGCGUGCGAUCAAGUGGACUCGCGGACACCCGAUCCGGCGGCUAACACUGUGGCGGAGGAUGCAACGGACAGUGCGGUGGAGAGCGAGGAGGGAGUGCGGUGCCAUGCACCCAAGGCACCUCCCACGCAUCACGGCCUCGCUCUACCUGAGGCCUGCCACUCCCACUCCCACUCCCACCCUCCCGUGUCUGCCGCUCUCUGCACCACUCAAGGAAAACCUCCCGCUCCUCCCAUGGCCACCGGCAGCAGUGGCGGCAGCGGCAGGCGCGUGGGGGCAGCUGCGGCGAGUGCGGCGGCGGCAGCAAUGAAGGCGGCGGCGGUGGCCGCAGCUGCCGCUGCUGCUGCCAAGUGCGCUGCCGCCCGCCUGUCGCGCGUGUCUGAUGCUCUGGCAUGGGACAGCCGGGGGGUGCAGGGUGGCGUGGUGAAGGCAAGGGCGAGGGCGAAGGGGGGGAGCGAGGAGGGCGGAAGGGGUGAAGGGGGUGAGAGUACCCAUGGCACCAAGGAACGCACGGCGCUGGUCCGCAGUGCUGGUGAGCGGGAGCGUGGGCGGAAAGAGAAGGAAGGCACUGGAGAUUGGGGAGGGGUAGCUAAGCCCAGUGGGACAGCGAAAGGGUGCGGGGCAGCAGGCAGUAGUGAGGGCGUGGAGAUGCAUGUGGAGCAUGGAGGCACAGUGGGCAGUGGCGGGUACGUGCAGGUGGGCGGCAGGCGCAUGGAUGCCGGGGAGUGGCUGAUGAGGGAGGCGGCCAAACAUGGCACGGAGAUGCUCGUGACUGUGGCCGCUGUUGCUGCCUCCGCUGAGUGCCGCAUGCAUGCUGCCUCCUGUGGGCAGAGGCGAGUCAUGCAGCACUCGGAGCAGCGUGGCACGGACCAGCAUGGCCCCCCUGCUCAGCAGCAGCAAUGGGCAGUGCAAUGUGUGCAGCAGCAACAGAGAGACAUUCAGGUGAAGCAGCAGGACCCGCAGCACAGCCCUCACGACCAGCACCCGCCACAGCAGCACCAGCUGCAGCAGCAGGAGGUGGAGAGCACAGGCCAUAGCAGCAGUGCCAGGCGCAGCAGCAGCGGCGGAAGCAGCGGCAGCGAGGAGGUGUGGCGGCCAGAGGAUGGGCUGGGGUGCCUAGGUGCAGAGUCGUUCCAAGCGCUGCUGCCUGACUUCGGCUGGCAGCCCCUCGCAUGGGCCAGUGCAGGCCAGGAGCAGGGGCGACGCGCAGGCGCGGUGGGGGGCGAGGAUGUGGAGGAGGCAAAGCUGUGGGCCGCGUAUGAGGCGGAGUACAGGCAGCGGCGCAAGGGGCAGGAGGCACCCAGGGACAAGGCGAGUAAGGUGGAGAAGGGUCGGUUAGCUGGGGCUGAGGGCAGUGGGGACAGUGAGGCAGCGGAUGAGGGGGAGAGUGAGGGAGAGGGCGAGGAGGACAUGGAGAUGGCGUUUCUCUUCCGCCAGCUGCGCUUCUACCACCAGGGCUCCUCCCAGCCCGCCUGCACUGCCCCUGUGCCAGCAGCUGUGAACCUGCCCAUGGCAGAGGAUGCUGGUUAUGGAGGCAAGGCAGAGGAGCAGAGCAGCAGCAGCAGCAGUGCAGACAGCGAGGGCGUGUGGCGGCCCGAGCUGCCUCUCAUUCUAGAGGUGCCAGAACUAGAGGCGCUGUGCACGUCGCACGACACAUCGGAGAACGAGGCGAGGUGGAGCGAGCAUGGCACUUCGUCCUCUUCAUCCGGUGACUCGUCACCCCUUUGCCAUGGGUACGCUGCCGGGCAGGGAGUGGCAGGUGAGGAGGGGCCGACAGCAGGGAAGGCGGGGCGGGGCUUGGUGCUGCCUAGAAUUAACCGCAUGGCAUCUACCCUUGCGUGGCGCCCAUGGACCAGGCACAGUGGGUGA